AUGGUAGCCAUUCCAAAAGAAGAGAAUAGUGUUGGGGUCGGCGGCGGUAGCAGCAGGGGCAGCAACAACAACAACGGUGGGGGACCUCUCCACCGAUUCUUCUUCAUAAACAACAUCCUCUGCUGCUCGGAGUCUGCGGACGGCUCUUUUCGGCCGUCGGAUGUGUUUGUUGGGCUUGACCCGCCUCCGACAACAACCCUUUUGCUCGGCAACGCAUCCUCACCCAGCAGCGACACCACAACGGAGGUUGGUGUUGAGGCUGUGGAAAGGGAUUGUCUUCUCUUCAACACCUUUGGCGUUUUAUCAGGGGGUGUUCUUGUUGAUCCAUGCACGCUGCGCUUCGUAGACUUUACCGAUGACAUGAUCAUCACACCGACUGUUUGCCAAGAGCGCAGCGGGAAUGAUGCGCAUUACGAAUCGCUGGCGCAUGACAAGAUUCGGGCAGAGGGUGUUCUGUGUCUGUGCUCGUCGAUUGAGCCAUUUAACGCCUCAGGGACACGGCACACGCCGCUUUCAUGGCCGCGGUCGCUCCUUCCCAUGAAUCCGACAGGUGUGCGCAACUUGGCUCGGCGCACCCUCCGCGGCGUCCUGCGCCGCCUCCAUCCGAGCGCCCCACUGGACUACGGAAAGUUGUCCGUCUUGGAGCACCUCCGGUGCCAGAUCAAGUGCACGCGUCCACAGACGACGUUCCUCACGGAAAAUAUUCCAUUCCGGUUUCAACUCGGUGGGAAGCGGUAUCGGCUCGAAGAAGAGGGUAAUGCGAGCAGCGGCGACAGCAGCAGUGGUGGUAUUGCCGCCACGGUGGGAUCGCCGUACUCCACGUUUCACGCCUUCACAGGUCUUCCAAAAAUGAUUAAAGCGAAGGUUGAUUAUGCGGCCCCCUUCUGUCCUGAAUUUGGCGUGGCGCGCCGUCUGGAGCUGCAUGUGCGGCGGUUGGUGCGGCCUACGCGCGGGGAACUCUAUAUCGGGGAAGGCCCACGACGUCCAUCGCAUACGUUAGGGCUUCGUAGGUUAUGGUGGACGUUUUUCCGAUACUUUGAGAUUCUCCGCGUGCGCCCCUCCUCUCCCUCAUCAUCAGCGGAACGCACGGUAUGGCGGCUGGAGGAUGACGCGGAUGUGAAGUACACCACUGCACUGCAGGAAUUUGAUGCUGCGCGCAUUGAGGGGAGAGCUCCGCGGGGAAAUAAGCGUGUUGCUUCUGAUGCGUGGGACUGGCUCCUCCGCCACGACCGUGAACGUCUGCUGCGGCGCCUUCAGCGGGUUCAGCGCUGCUUGAACAAAAUUGACUCGGCACGAGAUUCCAGUCUCUAG